AAAGAUGGCGGACUGAAAACGUUUUAAAUUGACCAUCUAAAUGCUUCGUAGCAAAUACCUCAACAAGUCGUCUUUUUUUAAAUCUAGGAAACGUCAAACGUCCAAAUUCAAGCCUUGUUAGAACCUUGGGCGAUCGCUGCUAUGCUAAGAUGUCGACGGCCUGUAAUAGAGAACACUGAAGAGAAUGAACGCCAUCAACGAAGAAAGAGACCCAAAACUGCUAAAACGACCAGCCAGUUGAAGUUUUCCAACAACAUUUAGGGGCUUAUCCUAUGCUCUUAUACGUGCGUUGGCUAUGGAGCAACUUAAACAAAGAAGCACCAACAUUUUUAGCUUAAAGAAGGCAGUUGAGUUCAAAUCAGAAGAGAUGGAAGAAUGCAAAAGUCCAAUGAAGAAACUGGACAAACAAAAGAACCGCUUUUUCACAGAGAAUAACGACUUAAAAGAAGUGACUGUGGGGAUGAGUAAGAAUUCUGCAGUGUGUUUAGAAAAGAACAUCCUGCUUGCUGGACCACCUUCCUACAAUAACUUGCAGAGGAUCGGAGAUGUCCAACAGCUGAUUGGUCACCUAGAUGAUAUUCCCCCUCAGGCGAAGGGAGGUAGCUUCACUUUAAAACAAGAGGCUCCACAGUCACCCCAUGUUAAAGAAGAGGAGGACGACAUCUGGAUCACUCUGGAGGGAGAAUCGGUGGAAGCUGAUCCCGCUAAGUUGCCACUGAAUGUCGUCUGUGUGAAGAUGGAAGAGGAUGAAGAGGAACCAGAAGCAGACAACCUCUUAGCUCCACUAUCAGAUAGUGAGGCUGAAAACAUGGUUGAAGAAGCUGUGAGCAGCGAUACAGACUGUGAAGGUGAAAUGAAGAGUCACACUGACAACAAACACUCUAAAUGUUCUAAAAAGAAGACUGAUAAAAAACAUUUCAGCUGCUCAGUCUGUGCUAAAACAUUUAGUUUUAAGAGUAAUGUGACUCGACACAUGAAAACACACACAGGAGAUAAGACAUGUAUUUGUUCUGUUUGUGGUAAAAACUUUAGUCUUAAGUGCAAUUUGACUCAACACAUGAGAUCACACACUGGAGAAAAGCCAUUUAGUUGUUCAGUUUGUGGUAAAAGUUUCCCUCAAAAGAGACAGUUGACUGCACACGUGAGAACGCACACGGGAGAAAAACCAUGUAAUUGUACGGUUUGUGGGAAAAGCUUCUCUCAAAACUGCAAUUUGAUUAAGCACAUGAGAACGCACACAGGAGAAAAACCCUUUAAUUGUUUAGUUUGUGGUAAAAGUUUUUCUCAAAAGAACCAUUUGUCUGAACACAUGAAGACACACACAGGAGAACAACCAUUUAAAUGUUCAGUGUGUGGUAAAGGCUUUACUCUAAAGCAACCUUUGACUGUUCACAUGAGAACACACACCGGACAAAAACCAUUUAAUUGCUCAGUUUGCAGUAAAAGCUUUUUUUCAAGACCAGGUUUGACCCAUCACAUAAUGAAACACGCGGAAAGAAAAAAAAUCAGUUUGUAGUAAAAGCUUUUUUGAAAGGAACAUUUUGUUUUAUCACAGGAGGAAAAACUAUAUUAAUCGAUUAAUUGUGCAGCCCUAAUAGAAGUGUACAACAAUUACCAUAGAAUAGUGUUUUGUAGUUGUUGUGACGGUGUAGUAUAAUAGUGUUGUAUAUACACACAAAGUGUAAGUUACAAGAUAUCCUAUUUUUCAACCUACAUAUACAACACACUGCACUGACACACACGUUGCAUUAAAAAGACAAUGACUAUUAUGUCUUUUGAGACUUUAAAAAAAAAUUUGUAUUUGUAAAUAUCUGCUAAAAGCUGCUGUGCAAAAUAAGAACACCUUAAAAGUGUCCUUCUGUCAUGUCUGUGUAAUCAUGUUUUGUUUUAGUCAUGUUUUUAGUUAUUGGACUCUUUAGUUUCUGGCUUUUCACUCCCUUGUCUUGUUUCCAUGAUUACCCAUUAGUUUCACCUGUUCCACGUUUGGACUCAUUGUGCAUUCUUGUUUGUCACCAUAGCAACCCAUUAGUUUUCACCUGUCACGUCACGCACCUGUUUCACGUUUUGAGUCACGCACCUGUUUUCGUUAAUCAUGUCUGUAGUAUUUAAGUUCAGUGUUUUCAGUUUGUCUUUCUGGUGACAUCCCCAUAAUUAUGCUUCUGCACACUCUCCACACCCUUAUGAUCCUUGCUGCUCUUUUUUCAUGCCGGUUCCAUGCCAAGUAAGUUUUUGUUUAUUAAGCCACAGUUAGUGUUUUUUGUUGUUCAUAGUUUUUGCCUUUGUGCAAGUGUUUGGUUUCAUAGUUUGUUCUCCGCCACUGUGCGCGCCUUUUGUUUACUCCUUUUUUUGUAGUUCUAGUGUUUCAAUAAAAAAUGUACUUACAUUCCCGUCUCGCCCGAGCCAACUUUCCGUUGCAUCCCAGAAAAACUAAACCCCAGGACCAAGUCAUGACACCUUCAUUCUGUCAGAUGCUAAACACAAUGCAUAUACCCUGUGGUUUUAUCUAUGCACUUACACACAUAUAUCAUUAUUAAUGAUGUCUUAAGGUACAGGCCUGGAGAGAAAGUGAUGGAGGAGAAUGUGUGUGUGCCAAGCACACAAGUUAAAGUAAGUUUCACUUUCAGUUUUAAGUUACGCUAAAGGUGGUGGGGGCGACAAAGAAGGACAAAAGGAGGUGAAGAAUGUAGCAAUCUUUAGAGAGACUGCUUCGACCUCCUGGUAGGAUUAUUCACUCUCUCUCCAGUUCUGGUAUCUCUGUUGUUUGCAUUUACUCCUAUUUUGUUGAAUAAAUUGUUCAACUUCA